AUAUUGGAGCAGAAUUAGGUCAUUCGGCCCAUCGUCUACUCUGGCAAUCAAUCAUGGCUGAUCUAUCUCUCCCUCUCAACCCCAUAACCCCUGACACCCUUACUAAACAAGAAUCUGCCUUAACGAUAUCCAUUGACAUAGCCUUUACAGCCCUCUGUGGCAAUGAAUUCCACGUUUUGACUUAGGACAGUGUUUUCAUGGAAAGUGACACCUUCAUAAAUUAAAGGGAUCUGAAUAUCUUCUGAAUAAUUCCGUUGAACAGAUGUGACUGCUCAAUGAAACAAAAAAAGUUAAACUCAAUUUAACCGCAUGGUUCAUUUCCUGUACCUGUGUAACCUCUGUAACUGUUUCCUGUGCUGUGCCAGCAGUCUAGAGUAAUGAGCUAAAGUUGAGGAUCUCAGUUGAGAGACAAUGGCUAAACUGACAAAACGGAACCAUCCACCAUUCUGUUUUUUUGCCUUCAUAAACCUAGUCCAAGCUAUGCAUGGACUCAGAAUAGAUUAUGAUGCAGAGGUGGCUGCAUCACCCGGUGAGAAUGUCACUUUAAAAUGCAUUCUAUCAGAACAAGGGAACUCUUCAGUUGUCCAGAUCCAAUGGGGAAAAGAAACCAAUGAUGGCCCCCAAAUGAUGUUAAUUGCAAAUACACUUUAUGGCAUCCAUCGCUUUCUGGACUCCAUUAACUUUGAAUCCCACUCACCAACCGAUGGAAUGGCAAGUAUUUCUGUCAUGAACGUACAAAUGUCUGCCUCUGGAACGUACACCUGCUCAGUCGUCACCUUUCCAGGUGGAAGUUUCAAGGCAUCAACCGUUCUCACUGUUGCCAAAAAAGUUCAACCAACAACUCCACAAAUCUAUGAGGAAUUAACAUAUUUUACUGCAAAUAAACUACAACUGAAUUCUACUUGUAUCUCACAAAAAGCAAACCAAGAGCCAAAUAUCACACUGUACUUGGAUGGAAUUGCUCUUCAGGAUGGGGAAAAUGGUAUUAUUAUCACAUCUGAAGUCUCCGUUGACUCAAGUGGGCUGUAUGACGUGAAGAAAAGAUUGUCCAUGGAGAUAACAACAGGCCAGUGGAAACUCAUGUGGUGUGAUGCAGUGUUCUUGCAACCUGGAAAUAAUAUCACAGUUAUGCGAUCUAAAAAGAUACAUCUGAAUUAUUAUCUAUCCACAGCAUUUACAAAGCUGAACACAUUCAAUUCUCAGCCCACAACAGUUCAGAAAGAUCUAUCCACAGCAUUUACAAAGCUGAACACGUUCAAUUCUCAGCCCACAACAGUUCAGAAAGGCACUGUGUCUCAUUCAAGUACAGAAUUGACUACAAGUACUGGGCUACCAUUAGCUACUGGUUCAUCCACUCUGACAGCAGAGUCGACAAGCGCCAUAUCAUUCACCAGUGCUGGAUUGAAUGCCACUGCUCAUGUGUCUCAGUCUUCCACUACCUAUGGAUCUUCUGCCAAUAUUGCAUCAUCAAACAUUCCUGAAACAUCAUAUACCGAUGAACUUGUGACCACGGAGGGGCAGACCAUCACUCUUCGGCCAUUUAUUAGCUUUGGGUCAUCACAAGUCUCUGAGAGAAGUACUGAAAUGCCAAUGAAUGUAACCACGUUGGACACAACGAUGAACUGGAACAGGCCAGCUACUACUGAAAUAGCCAGAGAUGAUAAAGAUGCUGAAGAUUCUGUUUCAAUAGCAGCCGUUGUAUCUGUGAUCAUAAUCUUGGUGAUCUGUACUGCGGUAUUAUCGUACCUCAUCAGGUGCUGGCAGGUCAGGAAGAAACUAAAUAUACCACCACCAUUCAAACCACCUCCUCCACCAGUCAAAUACACAGCAAUUCAGGUGGCAUCACAGAAUGAAGUCAACUGCUGAAGGGAUGUGAAGUUGCACAAAUAGAGGAAGUACUUCAGAAGGAGACUAUUUAGCCUAUCAAAUCUAUGCUGUCCAAAUCGUCUCAGGAUAUUUCCCAGCUCUUUCUCCACUGCUAAUUAUUGUAUAUCAUGCCUAUACACUUAUCUUUGGAAUGUCCUUAAUAAUGCUAUUUACACUGGCCUUGCAGGUGAUGAAUUUCAGACCAAAACUACUGUCUGGAUAUAAGAAGAUUUUUCUUUUACACCAAAUUUUUAUAUCCCCACCAAUGAACUGCAAAUGGGAGUACGCUAUAUAACCCAAUCAUAAUCUUGUACACCUGGAGCAAAUUUCUUUUUAACCUUGCUCCAAGCAGAACAACCCAUCUUCUCAAUUCUAACCCUGCAAAUCAUUUAUUCCUGCAACCAUUCUUGUGAAUUUCUGUUGCACCUUCUCUAGUACCUUCACCUUCAACAUAAAUGGAGGUGAUCAGGAAUGACCGCAAUAUUCCAGUUAUCACGUAACCAAUAUUUCAUACGGUUCAUACAUAAUUCCACAGUGAUUAAAAUUGCAGAUGUUGCAUUCUGAAAAGCCUUAAACCUGAAGUGUUAACUCUGCUUCUAUUUUUACAUAUAUUGCCUGAUCUGCAGUUUUCAGCAAUUUUGUUUUCAAUGCAACUUUUGAAAUGUUCAGAAUCACAGAGACCUGGGUUCGAUCCUGACUACAGGAGCUGUUUGUACAUUCUCUCUGUGACCAUGUUGGUCUUCUCCAGGUGCCCUGGUUACCUCCCACACUCCAAAGAUAUAUGGGCUUGUAGAUAAAUUGGCUUAGAGCUUUAUAGCAUGAAACAGGCCUCUUGUCCCAACGUCCAUUUUGACUAUGUGGGCAUUCUAGGCUAGUCCAUUUUGCCUGCAUUUGGCCCAUAUCCCUCCAGACCCUUCCUUUCAAUAUAUCAGUCAAAAUGUUUUUUGAGAGUUGUUAUAGUAUCUGCUUCUAUAGCUUCAUCUGGCAGUUUGUUUCAGAUACAGACUAUCCUCAGAUGGACUCUCCAUUGCUCCUGUGUACUCUCGUACAUCUCUCUCCUCUCACCUUAACUCUGUGCUCCCCUAAUUUUAGAAACCUUUACUCUAAGGUACUGAUUUUGAGCAUUCACUUUAUCCAUGCCCCUCGUGAUUUUGUAUUCUUCAAUAAGGUUACCCCUCACCCUUUUAUGUUCCAAAAGAAAAGUUUCCAACCUAUCCAAUCUCUCUCUAUAACUUAAACCCACAAGUUCAGAUAAUAUCCUGGUGAAUCUCUUUCAAUGACAUCCUUCUUAUAGCUGUGUGGCCACAAAGUGCUCCAAGUGGUAUUACCAAUGACUUGAACAGUUAUAUCAUGGCGUCCCAACGUUUGUACUCAGUAUCCUUCCAAAUGAAGACAAGCGUGACAAACUCCUUCUUCAUCAUCCAGUCCAUCUGAACCACUUGGCUGGGAAUGUCAUAGUGCGAAAGGUUGAGGCAGGGUUGAAUUUGUCAAAUGUGUUCGGGGAAAGUUUGCUCAGGCAUUAUGUGUGGGAGAGGUUAAAGCUUCACUUUUAGGGAAUUAAGAAGGGCAAGUGCCUGAAAGUGCCAGUGGGCAAGCCUUUUGGGAUCACCAACCGCAGUUCUAUUGGCUUUAAAAUAGUUACGGAUAAGUUCAUGGCUAGUCCUCAAGUAAAAUUUCUACAUUUUGACUGUGCCAACUUUGAUGUUAUUAAGCAGGUACUUGAAAAAAUUGAUUGGAGCAGGUUGUUUGUGGGCAAAAGACAUUCAGAAAAUGGGAUGAUUUAAAAAAUGUGAUACAGUGGUUAGAUUUCAGGGAAUGCAUGUCCCUGUUAGAGAAAAGGGCAAGCCAGAUAAGAAUAGGGACCUCUAGAUAACAUGAGAAAUUGAGGCUCUGAUCAGG